AGCCAGAAAUAAUGCGUAUUAUGAUGCAAAAUCUUAUCAUAGAAGAGCACUUAAGUCAAUUGCAAAAUUUCUCUCAGUCAUUUGCAGCUUUUGAUCUAAUUAAGCCUCAAAAAGUUUCGGGAACUAAAGGAACUGAACCAUUUCCAGGAACACUACUUUCACCUAUAGGAAAACAAGUUAGAUUGCCUGAAGAAAUUCUGCAACAACUAGCAAAAUGGUACAGUAAUAUAUAUGGCAAAACUUAUCGGUCAUCCCUUACACCUGGUUCAAGAGACAGUAUAGUAAUUACUCCAUAUAUUAAUCAAUAUGCUCAUUUACAAAUUGGUACAGAAAUUUUCAGCUUUUAUUUUGAAUAUGAACUAUCUAUUAAUAGUUGUUCAAAAGUUCACCAUCUUGCAUAUAUUAAUUGGUUCGAACCAGUUCAGGAAGCACAAACAAGGUUUUGGCUAUUUCCUAAUCAACAAGAAAAAUAUUGCAAUGUUGAACUUUGGAAAGAGUGCUUUUAUAAAGAUGGACAAGACUUAAUUCUUCCAGUUCAUAAUAUUCAUA